AUGUACUUCCUGCGGCAGCUCAGGAAAGCCAAGCUGCAGUUCUACACGGCCAUCAUCGAGUCCAUCCUCACCUCCUCCGUCACCUCCUCCGUCACCUCCUCCGUCACCUCCUCCAUCACCGUGUGGUUCGCUGGAGCCACAGUCAGGGACAAACAGAGACUACAGUGCAUUGUGCGCUCUGCAGAGGAAGUGAUCGGCCGCAGCCUUCCAUCGCUGCAGGACCUGUACGUCGCCCGAGCUCGAGGCCGGGCUGGUCGUAUCACAGCCGACCCCUCUCACCCUGCACAUGGACUAUUCUAA